AGCAGGCAGUUGGGCGACCCGAGUAUGGGGGUAGGGUUCGGCAGGUUGGGCCGAACGUUACUCCUGUUCGCGGGACUUGUUUCUCGUAUAGGGCCCGCACACGGGGGGGACCGGCCGAGGGCACGUCUCAGGAUUGGGCUGCCCACAAAAUUGCAGAGAUGGAUAUCAUGUUACAGGUCGAGAGAGAGAGAGAGGAAUGACGGGUUGGAGGGCAUAGUGCGGGCCGAGAGAGAGCGGGCUGACAGCAUGGAGCAGCGCAUACGACAGUUUGAUGCUAUGGAGCAGCGCAUGCGACAGUUUGGGGCCUUCAUGUCCUCUAUAGGAUUAUCGUUUGUAUGCCCUGGUGCUCAGCAGUCUUCACCUGCACACGUAGGUAGUACGUCGUCUGUUAGUAGUGCGCCUGCAGGUAAUGCGACAACGAUUGGUCCGGUGUCGCCUGUUGGACAAUUGCUGAGCCAACAAUCCCCUCUCGGGACUCCAUCGCCCGUCACACCAUCUCUUGCGGGACAAUCGCCGGUUGGCGAGUUCACGCCCGGGACUGCACCUCGUGAUCCGCAACGAUGUCCUCCAGAUUUGUAGAUAUUUUGUGUUUUUUU